AUGGGCUUAUGUGUUCAGGCCACUGUUUUCUGCAUUUUAUUACCUGGCAUUUAUCAAGUUACUUGUCAAACAGCAAAAAAUGAAAGUAAUUGUUCAGAGUUAGGCGAAUUCUGUGACAAGACAAUCUUCAAUCGUUGUUGUCGUGACUUGGUUUGCGAAUUGAAAGGAUUUGCAAAUGGAACAUGCGUUGAAUGCCUUGGUUUGAAAUAUGCUUGUCUAAGGAAUUCAGAUUGCUGUAGUAAAUUCUGUCAUUUAUUUCGGUGCAGAGAAAGACAAGUAGAGUGGAGAAAGUAA